AUGGUAUUUCUUGUAACUCUGGGGCUGCUUGCGUUAUAUGCCAGCCUUUUCAUUCUAGUCUUCGGGAUCACGUGGGGGAUUUAUUACGAUCAGAGCAAGAUACACAUCCCCUCAGAAAUCAAAUACCCUGGAAGAGUACGACUUUAUCAUAUCAUCACCUUAUUUGGAGGAGCUCUGAAAACAUUUGUUAAAAAAGUUGGCUUGCGCAAUCAAUUCAAAUUGGUUGAGUGGUUGUUCAGAACAUUUACACCCAAGUGGAGCCCAACACUGACGAUCAAGGACUUGAUUUUUGAUGACAUUCCGGUCAGAGUGUAUUGGCCCAAAACAACUCCUUCUGGGAAGAGAAGAGGAGUGGUUCUCAUUCCAACAGGUGGUGGAAUUAUGGGAAAUAUUGGGAUAAGUGACGCACAAUGCCGCUACAUUGCCCAGCAAACGGAUUCUGUCAUUAUGUCUGUUGGGUUUCGUUUGGCUCCAGAGCAUCCAUUCCCAAUCCCAGAGAUGGACUGCUGCAUAGCUACUAAGCACUUUUUGAAAAAUGCAGAGAAAUACGGAGUGGACCCAAAUCGCAUUGUUCUCUAUGGUGAAUGUGGCGGAGGGACAUUUGCUGCAGUCGUGUGUCAAUAUUUGGCAGUCAGGAAAGAUCUCCCAAAGCUAGGAGGCCAGAUCCUCGUCUAUCCGAUGUUGCAAUCCAUCGAUUUCAAUUUGCCUUCUUAUCAGCAAUACCAUUCGGUCCCUUUGUUGUUCAAGAAACAGGCCUUGAAGCUUGCUACCCUGCUUCUGACUGGGAAGGAGAUCAAUGUGGAGGGCAUCAUGAAGAAUGCUCAUUUACCCAAACAUGUGUGGAUGAAAUACAGGAAAUGGGUCAAUCCCGAUGACAUUCCAGAAAGAUUUAAGGGCAGGGGUUACGUGCCCAUGGAGCGGCCUCCUUUUAACCAAGAACUUUACGAAACCAUAAAAGAAUCCCUCGACCCCAUGUAUUCCCCACUUUUAGCAGAGGAUGACGUGAUCCGCCGGCUCCCCAAGACUUUCCUUUUAACCUGUGAAUACGAUAUUUUCCGAGAUGACGGGCUCUUGUUCAAGAAACGGCUAGAGGACAACGGCGUCCCAGUGACGUGGUAUCACCUCGAGGACGAAUUCCACGGAUCAUUGUUUAGGUUUCGUAGUUGGCCAGUGGAAUACCCUACACGGAAACUCCAUUGCCAGCAUAUAAAUAAUUUCAUUAGCAGUAUAUAAAACACAUGUUUUAUUUUAUUGUCGAAGGGUUUCAUGGCUGGAAUCACUGGGUUGUUUUAGGUUUUUCAGGCUGUAUGGCCAUUUCCUAGAAGCAUUCUCUCCUGACGUUUCACCUGCAUCUAUGGCAGGCAUCCUUUGUGGUUGUGAGGUCUAUUGGAAGUUAGCAAAAUUGGGUUUAUAUAUCUGUGGAAA